AUGGCCGCUACUAUCAAAUCCCUUUUUCGAGGUUCACCAAAGCACGCAGCCUCCAAAGGUGGCGACAAUAUUGUUCGCAAAAGUGAUAACGUAAAUGCCGGUAGCGAUCUGGCUAAAGCGGAGCGCCAGGUGUCGAAGUCUUCUGGAUUUGGCGAGCAAGGUGGCAAUGGUGCCAUAGUCACGGCUGCCACUGCGGCUUCAGCGAUGUCAGAUACCGCGGUUGGUGCCGCAACAUGUAGCAGCAUGGUCACCAGCGGCGUCAAUGCCGCAGCUGCCUUCCUGCCCGCCUCUACCACUGCCGCCCUACUCGCCGCCGCCACCAUUACCACCUUACCCGCCACCACCCCCGCCGCCAGCAUCUCCAUUAAUGCCACCGCUUCCACCGGGUCCUCCACCGCUCGAGAUUCUUCCGCCGCCCCCACCACUUCCCCCACCGCCGCCACUCCUUACACGCGUCGCGAGGAUUACGCUGCUUCGCAGCACAAGCCGUACAAGUCGGCAUAUGCCAGCAAUGACCGCGAUCACAUCAGGGACGAUCGAGACCGUUACGGCAGUUCUUACUACCGCGACUAUCGAGACCGUUACCCUGGUCGCGACCACAAUCGCCGUGACUACCGUGACAGAGAUCAAGCCAGGGACUACAGCCGUGGCGAUCAUCGGGACCUCCGUGACUGCGGCCGCAAUGACUAUCGCCGUGGCUAUGGCUGCAGUGGCGACCGCAGCCCGUCGCGCCAUGACCGGCCUCGGCACUGGAAUCUCCAGGUGGAAGACCCGCGGCGAAAAGCCGCCGCUGUGGCAGCGGCACACGUGAGGUUACGGCGACGAAGCACAGCCGCAACCGACCUGCCAGCCCCGCGGGUGGAUGGAAAGGCGGCCGGUGCUACCGAAAGCGCAGCGAGCGGCAGCAACCAUGCCGGCAGUGGGGAGCAACCGCCCAAGACCUCUGCACUCAUCUCCGGGCCUGCCAUUGCAACCGGCGACGGCUCUGCAGCGGCCUCUGCAGCCGUUAUUGGCCGCAGGCCCGGCCCACCGCUUAUAGAGCUAGCAACCCUGUGCAGCGGCUCCGACACCGGCACCGGCCCGUCGCCCAGCAACACCGACUCACAGUUGGACGGCAGUGCCUUGGGUGACAGCACCGCUACGCCCAGCGGGGAGCCCGAGACCGUCUCCAGUUCUGAUGAAGAUCAUAUGGAGCAGGGCCAGGUCCGUAAGAGCAAAAAUAGCGAGGAGGAUGGUGAUAACGAGGAGGGCACGUCGGCCAGGCGUAGCAGCCGUGGUGCAGGAACUAAACGGAAGGUUGGUCGCAAGUCUGCUGGCGCGCGGAGCAGCAAGUCCAGCAGCGGCGUGGCGCGCCGCUCACGCAAGGACGUGGUGGCGGAGCUGGAGCGGGCGCUUGCGCGCGUGGCGCUGGACGCCAAGCCGGUGCCGGGCGCCGCCACUAUUCGGCUGUUUUGCGGCCACUGUGGCAAGGAACAGCCAUGGGACACUGCCGGCGAGCGUGCGCGGCCGCUGCCUGAUCCUUCUGCCCCUGACGGUUUAAAGCGCACCAAGGACACGGGUCGCGUGUUGUACGAUGCGAAGGAGAGCACGUGCAUUACAUGCGGCAACAUGAUCAUGUGCAACCCGCUCAGCGCCACGUGCAUCUACUGCGACUGCCAGCUGGACGGCUUUCGGCCGUCGUACUGGAAGUGCACCAAUACCGAUGGCACCGCACGCAAGCGGGUGCUGACUGGCGCCGCGGCCGCACGGGCUGCCUCCGCUGCUGGCACUGCAACAGACUCCGGCACAAAAAGCGGCGGCAUUGGGGCCAUCACGUCUACCGCUGCAACAUCCGCUGGAGCCGGCGCAGCGCCCUUUCCUCAGGCGCCUGCUCCUGCCCCUGCCGCUUGCCCGUACUCUCAAUCUUGCCCGGAGUGCCGCGACCAUGACCUCCGUUUCCGAGGCAGACCCCGGUGCAAUUGCCCUCGCCUUCACGGUGCCAUCGCGGGGCAGGUGACGGGCAACAGGGCGGGCAACCUGGGCUGGGUGAAUUUGCAUUGA